UUAUCAGUCAGUCAUGUUUGUACAGUGGACAGAGUAUCUUGUGUAUCCGACCAUUCGUGUUCGUACGAUUAGCAUGGCUUCUGGUUUAUCCAAUUAGACAUGUUUGUACAGUUAACAUCAGUGUGUUGUUUAUCCAUUUAGUCAUGUUUGUACAGUUAACUUUAGUACGUUUUUAAUUCAGUCAGUCAUGUUUGUACAGUUAACAUCAGUAUGUUGUGUAUCCAAUCAAACAAUUUCGUACAGUUAACAUAGUAGGGCCUAUGUUGUUUAUUCAAUCAGUCAUGUUCGUACAUUCAUGUGUGUACAGUCAUGUUUGUACAGUCAUGUUUGUACAGUCAUGUUUGUACAGUCAUGUUUGUACAGUCAUGUUUGUACAGUUAACGUUGGUAUGUUAUCUAUUCCAUCAGCCGUAUGUGGUGCAGGCCUGUUCUACAGUAACCUACACAAUAAACAUUCCAAAAGGCGUUUAGGGUGCAGCACGGACAGCGAGACGCCUUUAACAAAAAUAGGUAAUAACAGAUCGGGUUAAUAUAGAGAGAUAUAUUUAUUAUUCAACCUUUCUAAUUCCAAUUUUUAUUAUUGGUUUUCGAUUAGAUAUAUUUAUAAUAAAUCAGAAGUUCCCAAACUGUGUAAACGGGGUGGGGGGGGGGGGUAACGUUACAGAGUACACUUGGUGAUUAAUAUUAAAAUAGUAGUAGCCCUGUCUUACCCCCCCCACACCCUUUUUUUUUUUUUACGUUUAAGGGCAGUGGUUCUCAACCUUCCUAAUGCGGCGACCUUUUAACACAGUUCCUCAUGUUGUGGUGACCCCCAGCCAACAAGUCUAUUUUCGUUGAUACGUCAUAACUGUAGACUAAGUGUAGAGCACAUGUGUUUCAGAUGGUCCGAGGUGACCCCUGGGAAAGGUUCGUCCGACCCCCAAAGGGGUGGCGACCCACAGGUUGAGAACCGCUGUUUUAGAGCUAUAACUGCCAUGAUAUUAAUAAGCAUAAUAAUAUACUAAUACGAGUGUAAUAUUUUAAAGCUUAAUUUACAAGCGUGUAUCUCAAUAAGAUAUCAACGUUACGAGACCGCAGAGCUUCUGGGAAACAUCGAAUGUCUGCUCACGGUAACUUCCGGUUGUUUGGAACGAGCCAAUGAAAAAGCCUGCUGAGCUAUGACGACGAUGGAGAAGCUUGAAAUUCACGAAGCCGCGUCUUCAGGAGAUUAUGACGCACUGCAGGAGAUCAUCAAGUGUGGCAAGUUUGACGUCAACCUCGGGGACUUAGACUGGGGGGACAAGACUCCGCUCCACUGGGCGUGUCAGAAAGGUGAACCGUUUGCUGCCAUGGGUGUUUUUAAAAGUGGAUUUUGAACCGUGGAAUAUUACACAUAGAAACCUGAAUGUGUGUGGUGUGUGUGUGUAGAUUAUUUUGGAAGGGAAAAAAGUAUGUUAAAUGAAGAUGAAACACAGUCAAAGGCGUGUACGUGGGUGGGCUUUAAAUGUGGAAUCAGAUUAAUUGAUUUGAGAAGGUAGGGAGGGAGGGAAUUUAGAAAUUAGGCCGAAUGUGACUGAUGGAAUAGACCUACUGAAGUUAGCCGGAAAGUCAUGGUGAGACAUGGUUGUUACGUGGAGGCAGGGACGUCCUUUGAGUGGGUCAGGGUGGGUGAUUGACCCCCCCCCCCACCUGAAUUUGCAGGUUUUAUUUAAAUUGAUAUCUCCUGUGGCGCCUCCAGUAAUAAACAACUUAACAAGCCGACCAAGUUUUGGUUUUGCCCCCCCCCCCCAACCCUUUGAAAAAAGUGGCAUUAGCGUCCCUAGUUGAAGGUUACCUGUAUGUGUUGCUUGAAGAAAACCGGUCACAAAAUGAGUGUCUGCUAAAUGGGUUGGUGAGUCCAAGCGAAAUGGGGGGAAAAAAUUGUGUGGAAUGGAAGGAUAGAGAAAGAGGUAAGAAAGUCAACAGAAUAACUAAAAGGACCACUGACAUCUCUCCAUCCAGGUUUUGUCGAAUGUGUCCGGCUGCUGCUGGACAACGGCGCCAACGGCACCGCCAGAACUGUGACCGGAUGGACGCCGGCCCAUUUCGCCGCGGAGUCUGGGAGAAUCACGGCUCUGAGGGCGCUCCAAGCUUCCAAUGUCAGGGUCGACAAGAGGGAUAACUAUGGCUGCACGCCAAAACGUUUGGCGGAAAUCUACGACCAUCAAGAAUGUGUCAAGUUCCUACAACAGUAGGUGUCCAUCCAUUAUUGUUUUUAAUUUAUGUAACUCUCCAAUUUUAAUUUGUUGUUGUUGGGGUUUUUUAAGUCUUAAUUUAUAAAUAGAAAUUAAAGAAAGAAGUUAUAUAUUUACUGUAAGACCGGGGGCAACCCAUUUCCGUCUAUUUUCCCGCCUCAUUGUUGUUUUAAUUAAUUUUGAGCGAUGCGUCUGGUUUGAAAUCUGAUUUUGAAAUUAACUGUUCUUUAUUUUCUUUGUGCAUUGAGUGAAACUGAAGCUGACAUGGACAUGGACACAUUGAGUGAAACUGAAGCUGACAUGAACAUGGACACAUUAGAUUUAACUGGCGAUUGCGAAUAUUUAAUAAUAGUAUAGGUCACAAAAAAUAAAUAAGGCAUGCUGAGGCCACUGAUCCUUUUUGUACACACUGAGAACCACCGAUGUUGAAACCACGUUCGCAACGGUGGGUUUAGAGCCAGGAAUCUACCGGAGGAGUGGUUCGAUGUCGGCGUUGGUCAAGCAUCCCUAGCUGGUCAAGCAUCCCUAGCGGGUCAAGCAUCCCUAGCGUGCUUAAGGCUCUUGUCUUCAUUAACAUUUCCCAAGUGUUAGCUGUCCGCAUUUAAUUAGGUGGCCGCUGGGCACGAGACCGUCGGGAAAUAACUGUGGCUGGCCAGGGACGUGUUUGAAAGUGCAGUUGAAUGACAGGUCAAAAUUGCUUAUUGGUGGAGCUUCCGGGGGCAACCGGUCGAAAUAAAACACGGGCUCGAAGCUUAGGACGGCUCAUAAUGAACUGAAGCAACGUAGUUCAGGAUUCGACAUAGAUUCGUAUAGUUAAUGACGAUAUAGCUUUACUAUUAGCCAAUACUAUGCUCAUGCUUUUUAAAUAAAUAUUUUAACUCCAUGAUUUUUUUUUUUAAUGUUAUUUUAAAAAAAUUGUAUGAAAAUAAAAAUUUCAGUAAAACGUUUGAAAGUAUAAAAUUAUUUUUGUGAAAAAUUUAUUUUAUUGAAUUAAUAAACCCUUUCCCCAUUUCUUGUUUUACUUGUAAUUAUAAUUACCGUAUUUAUUUUUUUUUUAAUAUUGUUUUUCAUUGACUUUUUUCUCCGUGAUCAUUUCAGGGCUGAACAGGAAAUAGCUGAACGUCGCCAGACUCUUGGUGGUGAAGAGUCAUCGGGUGAUGAAAGGGAGAUAACUGACAGGCCGGUAACGGAGGUGAAGACUGAGGAUAAAACAAUUGUAGCGCCACCUAUAGUAAGAAAAGGGUCAACCCAAAAGGAGCAAAAGAAAAAGAAAACCCGAGUUGUCGCCUGCAGAAGAUAAAAAAUGUUGACGGCUUGGCCUAUAGGUUAAAUUCUGUGGAAGUCAUCUAGAUCAGGGGGCUGGCCUAGAAGUAAGAUUCGAUGGAAGUCAUCUAGAUCAGGGGGCUUGGCCUAGAAGUUAGAUUUGAUGGAAGUCAUCUAGAUCAGGGGGCUUGGCCUAGAAGUUAGAUUCGAUGGAAGUCAUCUAGAUCAGGGGGCUGGCCUAGAAGUUGGAU